GGUGGUGAAUGUCAAAUAUGUGGGAGUUACUUGUGCGUAUCACCCUGCAGAAUUUACUUCAUGCUUAAAGGGACGGUUUCUGGACAGCCUGUUAAAGGACUUUAUGUGCUCAUUGUACUGUGUAUUUCUUCGCUCAGAGUAUGGUGCUUUCAUCAUGUAUGAACACAGCAUAUUAAAGAUUAUCCUGAUUUUUCUGGCAUUUGCCGUGUAUAUUGUUAUGGUGGCAUUCAACGCAGGCGCUGGUUCAGGUUUACUAAAAGCUGUAUUUACGCAGACAGUGGGAAAUAUCUCAAAUAAAUUCAACACUGAUUUCACGCCGUCUGGAUGGACAUUCAUGAUCUGGAAUGUUAUAUUUGCCUGGCAGUUCUUCUGGUUUGGACAUGUUCUGUCAUUUAUCUGUAGAAGAAGAACAGGGAUGGAUGUAUCGAAAACCCAACCUAUAUCCAGUCAUCUUUUUUUUGUGUGGAUACUGAAUAAUGUCCUUAAUGUAGGAUGGCUCUUCCUGUGGGACAGAGAGCAUUUGAUUCCAGCUCUGGUAUUUCUGGGUGCCAUCGCUCUCACAAACUAUAUAGUCCUCUAUAUUUCUUAUGUAGCCGUAUAUACCCAUGGGGAUUGCCUUCAGAGACUACAUAAAGUUGAUUUGUGGCUCAUCAGGAUUUUUGUCCACAAUGGAAUCGCUGUGUAUGCAACAUGGACAACAGUAGCCUCUCUGUUAAAUUUUGCUGUAGUUCUGACAUACAAUGGUGGUUACCCCAACAGCACAUCAACUACUGUAGCACUCUCCAUUCUGGCCUUUGAAGUCAUACUAUGGUUUUGUUUGGAAAACUUCUUAUUUGAGGCAUAUGUCCGCUACACAAUAACCGUGUAUCCCGUGAUCAUUGUUGCUUUGUCUGGAGCCUUGGACAAGAAUUUCAAAUCACAAUCUCCAGACAGCAACGAUAUCUUUAUAGCCGUGUUGCUGGCCGUGGCUUGUGUGCUGUUCAUCAUACGUCUGAUUUUAGUUGUAUGGAACCACUUCAAAAAGCCACUCUACAGAUCAGCCGUGUUACAGAAGACUACAUUGGCCUUAUCGUGAAUCAGCCAUCAAGAAUUGCUCCAAAAAAAUAUUUUCUGUCUCUUCACUAACAAUGCCAUAAUAUGUUAGAGAUCUGCCAUAUAUAUACAUAUUUUUACAUACGUACAUGGGGUUAUUUUCCAGAAAAAGCCAAAAAAAAUAAAAUUCCAGUUUAAAGGCUCAGUUAAGGGAAAAAGAACAUUGAGUCUGUUAUUUAUGAAUUAAAUGUUACCAAUGAGCACUUCCUUGUUGCACUUAAAGGGUUCAAGUUUAUUUACUAAAGAGUGAGCUAUAGCUGCCACUGUAUGGAUUAGGAAGGACCAACCCUAUCAAUGUUUGUUUUCUUGCUGGAAGGACUGAGAAUCGAUUAAAAUAAUCUGAAUGUUAGCGUUAUGAAGGACCAAGAAACCGCUUCCCGGAGGAGAGACUCGUCUUGCACUGGAUCGUGACUGUAGUGAAUAUUCUUUUUUAAUACUCAAAUGUUGCAAUGGUUAAAAAAAAAAAAAAGACUGUUCAUGUUACACGGAUUAUGUACAAUUGUCAAAAGUAUUUGUUUCAGACAUAUAUUCAUAUCAUAUACUUGUUUUUCCAUUUUUUAUAUGCAUUUUGCACAUUCUCGUUGCCUUCCAUGUAAACUUUAUUUAAAGUGCGAAUUAACCUGUAAAUAAAAAUAUUUGCACUUCA